CAGUUGGAGAAAAAUUGCCGGGAAUUAUAACCCUCUCUCAUUUAUCAAUCUUAUUAUAUUCAUUACAUAUGAGUAAUCACAAAUUAUUGCUAUGAGAUUGAGACCCAUCUUCUUUGAUUUUCUCCACCCAACUCAGCAGUUUCUUAGCUUGAAAAUGACAGAUUUUGGAUUCUUUCUUUACUUGUCGAGUGUAACAAUAAUCUUUUCUUGUCAUCUCCACCUACUUUUGCUAUAUAUUACCAUUCACAGUAUAUAUUUGGGUUGCCUUGUAUUGACACCAUUUGUAUCUCUGCUUCCUGGGUUUGUUGAUGGCUAAAGGUGUGGUUUACAAGGCAGCGAAGAAUGUUGAUCUUGGCCCUGAUAGCCAAGAAUUCUAUCUUAAGGCCAAUGUCAAAGCUCCUCGGAUGGCUGGGAUUUUGGUGAAGAUUUUUGCCUGGUUUUUGGAGUCGUGGAUCUUAGGGAAAUUGUUGGUGUACAUAUUGAAGGGAAACAAUCUAAUUCAUAAGUUGAUUUCCCAUGCCAACCUGGAGGAGUCACCUGUCUAUGUUCCUCAACAUCCUUUUGAAGAGCUUAACGAACAAGAAGUCAAAUUCAUACAUCCCAAUUUAUCACCACCUGUAAAAGUUCAGCUGGCAAUUGAUUGUCUGGAUUCAACCACGGAACAUGUAUUAAAUGGUUUUCAGCCUUUCUUUCAUCGUUGGACUAUUUUGGAUUAUUCAAGGGCCUAUAGUUCAGGACAAGUAACUCCUUACAUGGUCGCAGAGAGAUUAAUAGCUGCUAUCAAGGAAUCGUCCAGUCAUCCAAUGCAAAUGUCAUUCUUUAUCAACUAUUAUGCUGAAGAUAUACUAAAGCAAGCUACAGAAUCAACUCUUCGAUACAAAAAUGGACAACAAAUAUCAGCUCUAGAUGGAGUUCCUAUUGCUAUCAAGGAUGAAAUAGACUGUCUUCCAUAUCCAACUACAGGAGGCACUAAGUGGCUGCACAAACUUAGAUCUUUUAAGGAAGAUGCAUGCUGUGUUGCGCGUCUCAGAUUAUGUGGUGCUAUCAUUGUUGGAAAAACUAAUAUGCAUGAACUUGGGGCUGGAACGAGUGGGAUAAAUCCUCAUUACGGGGCUUCUAGAAAUCCAUAUGAUACUGGCAAGAUUGCUGGAGGUUCUUCUAGUGGAUCUGCAGCAGUAGUAUCUGCAGGGUUGUGCCCUGUUGCCCUUGGUGUUGAUGGUGGAGGAUCUGUCCGAAUGCCUGCAGCUCUUUGUGGUGUUGUUGGUUUAAAACCAACUUUUGGCCGUGUUCCUCAUUCAGGUGUUCUUCCACUGAACUGGACAGUUGGGAUGGUUGGAGUACUAGCAGGCACCAUAGAGGAUGCAUUUAUUGUUUAUGCAGCUAUCAGCGGCGAACUUCCAUCUCAUCAGUCCAGUUCUUUAGUGCCUAAAGCAUAUUUUCCUCUCUUGAAGUCAAAGAAAACGAUUACUGGCAUCAGAUUAGCAAAGUAUGGAGAGUGGUUUAAUGAUUGCAGCAACGAGAUCAAAAUAUGCUGUUCUUCUGCUGUUGACCAGCUAUGUAAUCAUUACGGUUGGAAGACUGUAGAAGUUACCAUACCAGAGAUUGAAGUGAUGCGCUUGGCCCAUUACUUAACCAUUGGAUCCGAGUGUACCACUUCACUUAGUUCUUACCUAGAAAAGCUGAACAUUUCAGAGUCGGGCUGGGAUACAAGGGUAGCACUAUGUGUGUAUGGUUCUUUCAGCAGUCAAGAGUAUAUAAAGGCCCAGAAGAUCAGGAACCGGCAAAUGCAGUUUCAUAAUAAAAUAUUUGCCAAGGCAGAUGUUAUUGUUGCACCAACAACUGGUGUAACUGCAUACCCAAUUCUGAAUGAUGCUCUGAAGACAGGUGAACUUGACUACAUAAAUGGAGCUGCACUUGUUCGGUAUCAAAUUGCUGGAAAUUUUCUGGGUUUGCCCGCAGUGACUGUUCCUGUUGGCUACGACAAAAAUGGUUUGCCUAUUGGUCUUCAGUUCAUUGGGAGGCCGUGGUCUGAACCAACAUUGAUCCACAUAGCACAUGCCAUGCAGGCCCUGUGCAUCAGGGAGCACAGGAAGCCACAAGUUUUCUUUGAUCUCCUCCAGAAGGAUCAAGUGGACAUGGAAAUCUCGUAAGGCAUUGGAGGGAAACUCAGUAUGUGAUUCCUGCUUAGCUUGUUGUUUUUCUCUUCUGUGCGUCAAAGGUGUUGUCAUUGCAUUAUAGUGUGGUCACUGAGAAAAGUGUAUCAGGUCACUUAUGUCAGUUGAUAAACUUCCAUCUGUGUCUACUUUUAUAGCAACUCAUGCUGAUUCAAUAAAUCAUCCUUUGGUUGUUUGUUCUCUUA